CUUCUCCCGUUCAGCUGUGGGGGAUCAAGCCAUCUGCUCAAGCACCAUGGCCGCCAUCGCCGCCUCCUCUGUCUCCAUCGCCCCCGCGCGCGUUGCCGCGGCCCGCCAGUCGCGUUCCCGCGCGCGCGCGGCGGUCGUCGUCAAGGCCUCCGCCGAUGAGCGCCAGGUUGAGGCCACCACCUCCCGCCGCGAGCUCGCCGUGAAGGGCUUCGCCGCCCUCGCCGCCGUCGCCGCCGUGCGCCCCGAACCCGCCCACGCCCUCUUCGGCUUCGGCGGUGAUAAGGAGACCCAGUACGCUGAGCAGACCGCGGGCGUCAUCGCGCAGGUGCGCUUCACCCUCGACCUCCCCGCCGACUCUGACGAGAAGGCUGCGGCCAUCGAGAAGACCCGCAAGCUCACCAACGACUGGGUCGCGCGCUACCGCCGCGACAAGGGAAUCACCGGCAGGCCCUCCUACGGCAACGUGUACUCCGCCCUCAACGCGGUGUCCGGUCACUACAACAACUUCGGCACCAAGUACCCCCUUCCCCAGAAGCGCAAGGACCGCGUUCUUCAGGAGUUCGAGACUGCCGAGAUCGCCCUUUCCCGCGGCCGCUAA